AUGCCUACCCUUCGUCUACUCAAAAGGUCGUUCAAUGGAAGUGUUCAGCCGCUAAUAGUGAAAUCUUGUCGGCAUGCUACAACUUCCGCAGUCUCUGAAAAUAGUGGAAGUACCCGUCGUGCGGCAACUUGGGGUAUUGGUGCGCUUGCAGUCGGUGGUGCGGCGGCCUACUGGAUGCUCCAGGCUCCAGCCCAAGUCAAGGAGCCGCCCAAACCAGCCUUCACCGGCCAGGGAUUCUUCAACUUGACCCUGCAGAGCGUAGAGAAUAUCAAUCACAACACUAAAAAGUUUCGCUUCGCCUUGCCCGAGGAAGACCAGGUCAGCGGCCUGCAGACAGCCAGCUGCCUGUUGACGAGAUUCAAAGACUCGAACACGGAAAAGGCCGUUAUUCGGCCUUACACGCCUAUCAGUGAUGAAGAUGACCAGGGUCACGUCGACCUGCUAGUUAAAAAGUAUCCCACCGGCGUCAUGUCCAGUCACUUCCACGAAAUGACGCCGGGCCAAAGCCUUGAGUUCAAGGGUCCGAUCUCAAAGUAUCCAUGGAGUCCAAACAUGCACUCGCAUGUCACCAUGAUCGCUGGCGGGACUGGAAUAGCCCCGAUGUACCAGCUAGUACGUACUAUCUUCAAGAACCCCGAGGAAAAAACAAAGGUCACCCUUGUAUAUGCCAACGUCACUGAAGAAGAUAUCCUCCUUCGCAAAGAGCUAAUGGAGCUCGAAAACACGUAUCCUCAGCGAUUCCGAGUCUUUUAUGUCCUCGACAACCCUCCAAAGUCUUGGGUGGGUGAAAAGGGAUAUAUUGGCAAGAAUCUUCUCAAAACCGUUCUCCCCGAACCCAAAGAAGAAAAUAUCAAGAUAUUUGUUUGUGGUCCGCCACCUAUGUACAAAUCUAUCUCUGGUAUGAAGAAAUCUGCUUCUGACCAGGGAAAUCUGGAUGGUUCUAUUUUAGAGGAACUUGGCUAUUCUAAGGAUCAGGUUUUUAAAUUUUAA